AUGGCCUCCGACAAGCUCCAGCUUGUGCUUCCCACUCACAAGCCAGCACCAGACGAAAAGGACGAGGUCGCGUGCACUCCAGCUGCGCCCGUCGAAGACCAGCCCAUCAAGAAGAGCACCCUCCUCAGCCUGGCAGCUGAGCUCCGCAACAAGAUCUGGGAAUACGCCGUCACCGAUGCCUCGCCGCUCUGCUUCUGCCAAGCCAACAUGAGCGCCGUCAAACAGCCACCACUCACCCUUGCCAACCGCCAGAUCCGCCACGAAGCGCUGCCAUUCUUCUACACCUGCAACGUCUUCCAAGGACCCUCCACUAACGAGAUCACCACGUUUCUCAGCAACCUCCUGCCGGCCCAAGUCCACUUGGUGCAGUACAUCAACAACGAACACACUUUCAUGUUCCUCGACAUUGCGGCGAAUGCCAUGCGGCGCAUCAUGCGCGAGGCCAAGACCAGGAGUCAUGUCGAUGAUGACAAGCAAGUUUUCGUUCAAGUCCAGGUGGCGCUGAAGGAGUCGAUGAACGCGAAUCUGGCGAGGAAUGCGCAGGAGUUGCAGGCCAAGGUGGACAUGUGGCGCAGCGGCGGCCGCGAGCAGUACGAAGCUGUCUGGGUCUCGUUGGAGACGAUUCGGGACUAUGAGCAAUUGAGAGGUGGUGGUGUUGCGAAGAAGGAGGAUGUGGAAGACGAGGCGUUGCUGAAAGAUUUCGGUAAUCUUCUUUCUUGA